CUUUUGGUCUUCACAAUGUGGAACUACCUAGCCAUUUUGUUGAGUCUGGUGUGUCAGAUCUUGGCACAGUUCGAACUCCACUUCGUCACUCCGGGACCAGCCACCCCAUCGCCGCCGAUACCUCACCCGGGAUCAGGAGGAUUUGACCCUACGUGUGUGGAUAAACUGGCUAACUGUAAACUGUUCGGACAGUCAUCAUGUGUAGGUGAAUAUGCUCCAUGGGCAAAACAGAACUGUAAGAAUUUCUGCAAAUUCUGUAUUGGCCCGACGACGCCUGCCCCCGAGUGUAAGGACGUGUUGCCGAACUGCGCCGCGUACGACAAGGCGUCGUGCACGAACUCCGUGUACAAGAACUGGGCCGAGACCAAGUGCAGGAGGUUCUGCAGACUCUGUCCACAAAAUGUUCUUGCUGUGCUCGAUACAAUGACAACUACUGUACCACCAACAUCGUGCGUGGACAAAUUGGAAUGUAAACAGUAUGGUCAGAGCUCAUGUAAAGGACUAUAUGUAGGAUGGGCGCGAUCCAACUGUCCAAACUACUGUGGAUUCUGCAAAGGUAUCCCAACUCCGCCUGGAUUAUGCAAGGACAAAAUCCCAAACUGUAAUAGAUAUGCCAAGGAUUCCUGUACUAACCCAGCCUUCAAACUAUGGGCACACGACAACUGCAAGAUGUUUUGUGGAUUUUGUAACAUGGGACCUGCAGGACCUGUAGGACCAGUUACCCCGGGUCCUUUGUUUCCAACACCACCGCCUUUGUAAUGUGAAAUGUGUUGUGAUAAAUUAUAUGCUAUAGAAAUAAAAGAGAUUUACUAAA